AUGGUCUAUGCGUCGGGAGGAUUUAAGUACCCCUCACCCUUGGAGGGCUACGAGAACGCCCCGCCGUUGCCGGAAGAAAAGCAUGAGGAUGGGAAGAGCUAUAGAAACCCAGUCACGGAAACGCUCAGCAAAACCUAUCUCGAGUUUCCGGAUCCCCUAGACAAGGGCCGUCGCGGGGGCUUCGAUAUCCAUAUCUACUAUAACCUGAGUAACGAGGGCCAAACACAAUAUGCAAGGGAACUAUGGCAGCGAAUCAGAUACGAAUUUCCUGAACUAAGAAUAUAUCGUUUCUGGGACAAACCGGUGGGGCCACAUCCCGUUGCCAUGUUCGAAGUCAAUCUCUUCACGCCGGCCCAGUUUGGCGCUUUUAUCGCAUGGCUUGCUAUAUGGCGCGGUCCUCUGUCUGUGCUGAUUCACCCCAACACUAAUGAGGACGGGGACGGAGUAACGAAAGCCGAUGUCGACCGUCGGAAUCAUUCGCAAAGGGCUAUAUGGAUGGGCGAAAGGAUACCAUUGGAUCUAGAUAGAUUCUAA